AUGCCUAACUACCAAUCGUGGCUCGGAGAGCUCAACAACGACACCAGACUCUCUUCCCUCUCCAUUCCAGGCACCCACAAUUCGUUUGCCUAUCACACUGCUUUACCAUCAGUGCAAUGCCAGGGCGAAUCUGUCACUGACCAAUUGAGACAUGGAGUUCGUUUCUUGGAUGUCCGUGUCGGCAAGCAUCCAUUGAAGUCGGGAGAUGAGGCCAAUGAGUUGACUGUGGUGCAUGGCAAGUUCCCAGUAAAGAUUCCCUUCCCAUUGAAGCUUUCCGAUGCUUUGGAUGAGGUUUACGACUUUGUGCGUGACAACAACUCUGAGACGGUGAUUGUGUCGCUCAAGCAGGAAGGAACUGGUGAGUGGAACAACGACCAGGAUGAGUUUGGUAAGUUGAUUUGGGACAAGUACAUUGGACCAAACGAGAACAAGUGGUACUUGGGAUCAGAGUUGCCAAACAUCGGUAGUGCCAGAGGAAAAGUGAUUCUUUUCAGAAGAUUUGGUGUGCGUGAUGACAGAGGCGGAAACUAUGGAUUUGAUGCUGCAUCGUGGAAGUAUAACACCACCGAGGAUGAUCGGGGCCGUUUCUGCGUCCAGGACUUCUGCGAGAUCCAAUCUGCUGACGAUAUCCCCAAGAAGGUGGAAUACGUGAAGAAUUUGGCCAGAAAGGCUUCUGAUUACAACUCCACGUCCACGGACAACAAGUUGUUUGUGAACUUUACGUCUGGAUCCAAUUUCUUCGACACGGCCUGUUGGCCCCAGCAGGUUGCCAAGGCUAUGGCUGCCAACAACUUGCAAGACAGUUUUUCUCGCGGUAGUGGAAUCAUUGUUUUGGAUUACGUUGAGGAGGACAACUGGAGAAUGACUCGUGAGUUGGUGGACAAGAACUUUUAA